CGCAGGUGGCGUGUUGGAGAGGCGAGCGCUUUCCCCUCCAGUCCUCAUUAGGAGCAGCAGGAUCAUCAUAUAUCAUGUGAUGCUGAAUGCAUUGCAGCUGCAGUAUGGCGGUGGUGGCACGGAAGCUCCCGAGUGGGUUUUCAAACCGUGCUUUUAUGUAAGCCCCGCUUUGUUGUUUUGGUGUGUGCGUGUGCGCGUCGUGGGAGCCGCAAGGAUUUGAAAGCAUGGCUGACAGAGGCGUGGAUCUCUCGGUUCUCCCCAAAGAUGUGCGGGACUCGCUGGCCGAGCUGGAGUUAGAGUUAUCCGAGGGUGAUAUCACACAGAAGGGUUAUGAGAAGAAAAGGGCGAAGCUGCUGGCUCCCUACAUCCCUCAGACACGAGGGGUGGACCCGGCUCUUCAGAGCGAACACAGGAAGCAGACGCCCGCCCCUUCGUCGGCCCCCGCUCCCUCGUCCUCCUCCAAAUACCACCGUGCUCGCUCCGGGGGGGCAAGGGAUGACCGCUACAGAUCUGAUAUUCACACAGAAGCUGUGCAGGCUGCCUUGGCGAAACACAAAGAGCAGAAGAUGGCGCUGCCCAUGCCAACCAAGAGGCGCUCGGUGUUCGUUCAUUCAGCGCUCGAGGCCUGUACCCCUCCAGACACCUCCUCGGCCUCAGAGGACGAAGGCUCCUUGCGGAGACAGGCAGCCCUGGCUGCUGCCCUGACUCAGAGCCUGCAGAACACGGAGUCCUGGAUCAACAAGACUGUGCAGGGCUCGUCCACCUCCUCCUCGGCCUCGUCCACGCUGUCCCACGGGGAGGGCAAGACCCCCCACAUCUCCCUGGCGGACGUCCUGGCCCAGGCUCGCAUUGAGAACUCCCCGGCCCCCCCUGACGUGACCUACCCCUCGUCCUCCUCCUCCUCAGACAGGACGUCCCGCAUCGACCUGCCCUCCUCCUCCUCCUCCUCCUCCUCCGGGCUGGUCAAGGGCAUGACCCGGGACCCGAGCAAGUCCAGCAUCAUGGACACAGCGGACGGGGUCCCAGUCAACAGCCGUGUCUCCACGAAGAUCCAGCAGCUGCUGAACACACUGAAACGACCCAAGAGACCCCCUCUCAGGGAGUUCUUCAUGGACGACUUCGAGGAGAUCGUGGAAGUUCCGCAGCCCGACCCGAACCAGCCCAAACCCGAAGGCAGACAGAUCGUCCCGGUCAAGGGGGAGCCCUUGGGAGCGGCCAGCAGCUGGCCCCCGGCCCUGGAGGCCGCUCUGCAGCGCUGGGGGACCACGCAGGCCAAGUGCCCCUGCCUGACCGCGCUGGACGCCACGGGCAAAUCACUCUACACGCUGACCUAUGGCAAGCUUUGGAGUCGAAGUCUGAAGCUGGCCUACACUCUGCUGAACAAACUGGGGACCAAGAAUGAACCGGUGCUGAAACCAGGAGACAGGGUGGCCCUGGUGUACCCCAACAGUGACCCCGGCAUGUUCCUGGUUGCUUUCUACGGGUGUCUGCUGGCCGAGGUCAUCCCGGUGCCCAUAGAGGUGCCCCUGUCCAGAAAGGAUGCUGGCGGGCAGCAGAUCGGGUUUCUCCUGGGUUCCUGUGGGGUGGCCUUGGCGCUGACCAGCGAGGUUUGUCUCAAGGGGCUCCCCAAGACACAGAACGGGGAGAUCGUGCAGUUCAAAGGCUGGCCUCGUCUGAAGUGGGUUGUGACAGACUCUAAAUAUCUAACCAAGCCUUCGAAGGACUGGCAGCCUCACAUUGCAGCUGCCACCACAGAUCCAGCGUACAUAGAGUACAAGUCAAGCAAGGAGGGCAGUGUUAUGGGAGUGUCUGUGUCUCGGAUUGCAAUGCUGACCCACUGCCAAGCCCUAACCCAGGCCUCCAGCUACACUGAAGGAGAAACUUUAGUAAACGUUUUAGACUUCAAGAAAGACGUUGGGUUGUGGCACGGUGUGCUAAUGAGUGUAAUGAAUAAGCUGCACACUGUGAGCGUGCCCUACGCUGUGAUGAAGGCCAGCCCUUUGUCAUGGGUGCAGAGAGUCCACGCACACAAAGCUAAGGUGGCCCUGGUGAAGUGCCGGGACCUGCACUGGGCGAUGAUGGCGCAUCGUGAGCAGAGAGACAUCCACCUGGGCUCGCUACGCAUGCUGAUCGUGGCCGACGGAGCCAAUCCCUGGUCCGUGUCCUCCUGCGAUGCGUUCCUCAACGUGUUCCAGAGCCACGGGCUCAAACCCGAGGUCAUCUGCCCGUGCGCCACCUCCCCCGAGGCCAUGACCGUGGCCAUACGCAGGCCCGGCGUUCCCGGGGCUCCCCUCCCUGCCAGGGCCAUCCUGUCCAUGAGUGGGCUAAGCUUCGGGGUGAUCCGGGUCAACACCGAGGACAAGAACUCUGCGCUGACCGUGCAGGACGUGGGCCACGUCAUGCCUGGAGCGCUCAUGUGCAUCGUGAAGCCCGAGGGCUCCCCCCAGCUGUGCAAGACAGACGAGAUCGGGGAGAUCUGUGUGAGCUCCAGAGCUGGAGGAAUGAUGUACUAUGGGCUGCCCGGAGUCACCAAGAACACCUUUGAGGUGAUCCCUCUGAACUCGGCUGGCGCUCCCAUCGGGGAGAUGUCCUUCGUCCGAUCAGGGUUGCUGGGGUUCGUGGGUCCGGGCAGCCUGGUCUUCGUGGUCGGGAAGAUGGAUGGCUUGCUGAUGGUCAGCGGCAGAAGACACAAUGCAGACGACAUCGUGGCCACGGCGCUGGCAGUGGAGCCGGUCAAGACAGUGUACAGGGGGAGGAUCGCAGUGUUCUCCGUGACGGUAUUUUACGACGAGCGAAUCGUGGUGGUGGCGGAGCAGCGGCCCGACGCCUCUGAAGAGGACAGCUUCCAGUGGAUGAGCCGCGUCCUCCAGGCCAUUGACAGCAUCCACCAGGUGGGUCUGUACUGCCUGGCUCUGGUCCCUGCGAACACUCUGCCCAAGACCCCUCUGGGGGGCAUCCACCUCUCCCAGAGCAAGCAGCACUUCCUGGAGGGGGCGCUGCACCCCUGCAACAUCCUCAUGUGCCCCCACACCUGCGUCACCAACCUCCCCAAGCCUCGGCAGAAACAGCCAGUGGGCGUGGGGCCGGCCUCGAUCAUGGUGGGGAACCUGGUGGCUGGAAAGAGAGUGGCCCAAGCAGCCGGGAGAGACCUGGGGCUGACUGAGGACCAGGAAGCCAAGAAGAAUCUGUUUCUCUCGGAGGUUCUUCAGUCAAGGGCUCAAUCAGAACCAGAACACAUCCUCUUCAUGCUGCUCAAUGCAAAGGGCGUGGCGGUCAGCACUGCCUCCUGUCUGCAGCUCCACAAGCGGGCGGAGCGCAUCGCGGCCGCACUCACCGAAAAGGGCAAUCUCAACACCGGGGACAACGUGGUGCUGCUCUACCCUCCAGGGAUCGACUUGAUUGCCUCGUUCUACGGCUGUCUCUACGCCGGCUGCAUCCCAGUCACAGUGAGGCCCCCGCACCAGCAGAGCCUGAGCGCCACGCUGCCCACAGUCCGCAUGAUCAUUGACGUGAGCAAGGCAGCCUGCAUCCUCACCACUCAGAUCCUCAUGAAGACUCUGAAGUCUAAAGAGGCAGCGGCCGCCGUGGAUGUGAAGACGUGGCCCACGAUUAUCGACACGGACGACCUUCCCCGCAGACGACCCCCUCAGAUCUACAAGCCCCCCACAGCAGAGAUGCUGGCCUACCUGGACUUCAGCGUGUCCACCACAGGCAUGCUGACCGGGGUCAAGAUCUCCCACGCUGCGGUCAGUGCCCUGUGCCGCUCCAUCAAGCUGCAGUGUGAGCUCUACUCCACUCGACAGAUCGCAAUCUGCCUGGAUCCCUACUGUGGACUGGGCUUCGUGCUCUGGUGCCUGUGCAGUGUGUACUCUGGUCACCAGUCCAUCCUCAUCCCUCCCAUGGAGUUGGAGACUAACCUGUCCCUCUGGCUGUCGGCAGUCAGCCAGUACAAGAUCAGAGACACCUUCUGCUCCUACUCUGUGAUGGAGAUGUGCACCAAGGGUCUGGGCACACAGACUGAGGCACUCAAGGCCCGUGGUAUAAACCUGUCCUGUGUGCGUGCCUGCGUGGUGGUGGCGGAGGAGAGACCGCGCAUCUUGCUCACGCAGUCCUUCUCCAAACUCUUCAAGGACCUGGGACUGUCCCCUCGAGCAGUCAGCACCUCCUUCGGGUCGAGAGUCAACCUGGCCAUCAGCUUACAGGGCACCACGGGGCCAGACCCCACGACGGUGUACGUGGACAUGAAAUCUCUGAGGCAUGACAGGGUUCGUUUGGUAGAAAAGGGAGCCCCACAAAGCCUUCCUCUCACUGAAUCUGGAAAGAUCCUGCCUGGGGUCAGGGUCGUUAUUGUGAACCCGGAGACAAAGGGGCCCCUGGGGGACUCCCACCUGGGAGAGGUGUGGGUGAGCAGCCCGCAGUGUUCCAGUGGAUACUACACCAUCUACGGAGAUGAGAACCUCCAGGCCGACCACUUCAACACCAAGCUCAGUUUCGGGGACACCCAGACGCUGUGGGCUCGCACCGGGUACCUGGGCUUUGUGAAGAGGACCGAGUUGCUGGAUGCUAGCGGAGGUCGCCAUGACGCCCUGUACGUGGUGGGAGCGCUGGACGAGACGCUGGAGCUGCGGGGGCUUCGCUACCAUCCCAUCGACAUUGAGACCUCUGUGUCCCGAGCGCACAGGAGCAUCGCGGAGUGCGCCGUGUUCACGUGGACCAACCUGCUGGUGGUGGUGUCGGAGCUGUGCGGCUCGGAGCAGGAGGCUCUGGACCUGGUGCCGCUGGUCACCAACGUGGUCCUGGAGGAGCACCACCUCAUCGUGGGCGUGGUGGUGGUCGUGGACCCUGGCGUGAUUCCCAUCAACUCGCGCGGGGAGAAGCAGCGCAUGCACCUGCGGGACAGCUUCCUGGCAGAUCAGCUGGACCCCAUCUACGUGGCUUACAACAUGUAGAGAGCGAGGAGCACCAGCGAGAACCUUCCAAAACUCAACGCUCAGACGGGCGGGGCGGGGGGGCCGGAUCCACCUGGAUCCGUGUCUCAGUAAGACACUACCCUUCCAGGACUUCUACAGCGAAGAUAGAUCUCUCGUCUGCCAGAUCCCAACUCCACACAGGGAUUUUGCGAUAUUCCCACUGCGGUGCAGAACGAUGCAAGGGGAUGGCUGUCUGGUGAGCCGAGGGCUGACCGUUCCCAGCAUGACGCCGCCCAUCUCUAUAGAAAUCAGGCGAGUUGCAGUAAUAAGAUGGCAAGCACACAGCGGUAGAGCCUCAACAAGAUGCGAAUUUACUGAAUAACGAAAAUGUAUUGACCAACUGCACAGAGACCUCUGCAGUUGUCUCUUGGUCUAGUAUCAUCACCCCCUACACCCCACCCCCUUGCCUUAUCGAACCCAAGUCUUAACGUUUCCGGCGCAGGGAAUUGUUUCCCUGCCGCUGUGACACUGCCCCCUGCUGCUCGGAGGUAAACAGACGGACUGGCUUUGCAGAGGCAGCGAGGUCAACAGCACAGCAAGGUCGGCUCUUCUCAAACACCUUUUUUGAAUAUGUUUUUAUUUUAAUCUGCUGAUGCUUGAGAGCUGCAGCGUUGAGUUUUGGAAUUGCAUACGCGCGGACUAAUUUAAAAAAACAAAACUGAAAUGCAAUUUUAAUUUUAUUUCCAUUAUUAUUAUUAUUAUUUUUUUUUUGUGUGCGUGUGUUUACACAUAUAACACAUGUAAACAGUAUAUUGGUGCAAAACAACAAAAUAUACUCAAAUCAUUUCAAGACAGCGGGACAAGUUGUUGCCUUAUAUCCUGUGGGAAUUUUUAUUGUUAUUGUAAUUAUUUUACAUGAUUGCUUUUACUUGACUCCUGAUUUUAAUAUUCCAGCCAGGGUCGGGCUUCAGUGUCUGUUUUUUCAAUUUCAUUUCCAAAGCAAUUCCCAAUUCCAAUAAUUAAUAUUUGAGAUACAUAGCCACUGUUGAGAUUUCUUCAUCUGCUUUCACUUGAAGCCAGUUUAUCUGACUAACAAACAGAGGUUUCGAUUUGAAGCGAUUUGCAGCCGCUGUCUGGGAGAACCUCGUUUUAACCGAGUGCCACUGAUUGAUCAAGGGUGGGUUGGAAUUGAUUAAAGGGAACUGGGAAUUGAUUUUUUUAAAAGGAAAUGGAAUUCCCUCCCACCGGAAUUCCAGCACCACUGGUACCUCAAACCUGUUUUCAAAUCCCUAUAAUUUAAGUCCAGACCUGGUCCCUUGUAUGUUGCUUAGAGAUAAUAGUAGAUAGAAAUAUAUUAUAACGUUAUUUUAUAGAGAUAAAUGUACAGUUUUAAAAAGAAAAUAAAGUUGUCUGAGAGA